ACCCUACCUAAAACAAUUUCCUUCUUCAAAACGUAAAAAAGUAGGAAUCAGACAGAGAGCUGAAACACCUUUCUUGGAGAGAGAGAUCUAGAGGAACAAGAUGAGAUGAGAAGACGUAGAAGAAGUGAAAGCGGAAGCUGAUCCCACGAUUUCUCUACUAUUUUAGUAUUAUCCUUUUUUAUUUCCGGUCACUACCACCGAUUGAUUUCUCGAUUUUGGCCUUCAUUUGACUUGAAUUUUUCACGGAGAAAUUUGGUGUACUUGGCAUUUUGGUGGUGGUGGUGUGUAAAUUGUUUUGCUGGGAAAAAUGACUGCUGUUGUGAAUAGUAACUCCAAACGCUAUUCUUGGUGGUGGGAUAGUCACAUUAGCCCCAAGAACUCGAAAUGGCUUCAGGAGAAUCUUACAGAUAUGGAUAGUAAAGUCAAGCAAAUGAUUAAGGUUAUUGAAGAAGAUGCAGACUCCUUCGCUAGGCGAGCAGAAAUGUAUUACAAAAAGCGGCCUGAACUUAUGAAAUUGGUCGAGGAGUUUUAUAGAGCGUAUCGUGCUUUAGCUGAAAGAUACGAUCAUGCUACCGGUGUUAUUCGUCAUGCUCAGCAGACUAUGGCUGAAGCAUUCCCAAACCAAGAUCCCAUGAUGUUUGGUGAGGACUCUCCUCUUGAUUCUUCCAUUGAUGAGUUUGAUCCACAAACACCUGAGAAUUAUCCACCUAUCCGAGCUCCGGUUUACCCCGACGAUUUACGAAAAGGUGUUUUGGGGAAUUCUUUCUCUCAUUUGAGUACCGUAAAGCGUAAUAUAGCCUUCAUGGAAGAGCCUCAGUCUGUGAGUAACGGGAAAGGUUUGAAAACUGGAAAGGCAAGGAAAGGACUGAAUUUCAGUGACGUUGAUGGAAAAGAAAGAAAUGCUAAGGUUCCUUCAGAAUCUGAACGCGCUAGCAAAGCUGAGGCUGAAAUCGUUGCUUUAAAAGAUGCUCUUUCUAAAGUUCAGGCUGAAAAGGAAGCUAGCUUAGCCCAGUUUGAUCAGAAUUUGGAGAGACUGUCUAAUUUGGAGUCUGAGGUAUCUCGUGCACAAGAGGACUCUAGGGGGCUUAUUGAACGAGCCACUAGAGCCGAAACUGAGGUUGAAACGCUCAAAGAAUCUCUCAGCAAAGUAGAGGUUGAAAAGGGGACCACCCUUCUUCAGUAUCAGCAAUGUCUGCAAAACAUAGCUGAUUUGGAGGAUCGCAUUUCUCUAGCGCAGAAGGAGGCUGGAGAAGUAGAUGAGCGAGCCAGCAGAGCCGAAACUGAAACUCUAGCAUUGAAGCAUAGCCUUGUUAGAUCCGAAACUGACAAGGAAGCUGCUCUUGUUCAAUAUCAACAAUGCUUGGAAACCAUAUCUAACCUGGAAGAGAGGUUGCACAAGGCUGAGGAAGAUGCAAGUUUAGCCAAUCAGCGGGUAGAAAAUGCUGAUGGUGAAGUUGAAAGCCUGAAGCAAAAGAUUUCCAAAUUAAUUGAAGAAAACGAAGCUUACGAACUCCAAUACCAACAGUGUCUGGACACAAUUGCAGAUUUAAAGCUUAAGCUGUUUCAUGCUCAAGAAGAAACUCAAAGGCUUAGCCGUGAAAUAGAGGAUGGAGUUGCUAAGUUAAAAUUUGCAGAGGAAAAAUGUGUGGUGCUUGAGAGAUCAAAUCAAAAUCUGCAUUCUGAGCUGGAUGGUCUAUUGGAGAAACUGGGUAGUCAAAGUCAUGAGCUCACGGAGAAACAGAAAGAGAUGGGAAGAUUGUGGACUUGUGUACAAGAAGAACACUUGCGUUUCAUGGAAGCUGAGACUGCCUUUCAAACCCUGCAACAAUUGCACUCUCAGUCUCAGGAGGAGCUAAGCACUUUGGCAUUGGAACUGCAAAACAGGUCUCAAAUUCUGAAAGAUAUGGAGGCCCGUAACAAUUGUUUAAAGGAGGAAGUGCAGGGAGCCAUAGACGAGAACAAAAGUCUCAGUGAGCUUAAUAUUUCCUCGGCUGCAUCAAUUAAAAGUUUGCAUGAAGAGGUCUCAAGGUUACGGGAGACAAUACAGAAACUUGAAACAGAAGUUGAACUGAGAGUGGACCAGAGAAAUGCUUUACAGCAAGAAAUAUACUGUCUUAAAGAAGAAUUAAGUCAGAUAGGGUCGAAACACCAGUCCAUUGUAGAACAGGUGGAGCUGGUUGGUUUACAUCCAGAGGGCUUUGUGUCUUCUGUCAAGGAGUUGCAGGAGGAGAACUCAAAGCUAAAAGAAUUUAAUGAAAAAGAAAGUACCGAAAAGACGGCCUUGCUUGAGAAGUUAGAAAUGAUGGAAAAACUUAUUCAGAAAAACUUUCUUCUGGAGAACUCCAUUUCAGAUUUGAAUUCGGAGCUGGAAACAGUUAGAGGAAAGCUAAAGACUUUGGAGGAAGUUUGUAUGUCACUUGCAGAAGAGAAAUCAGGCCUUCAUUCUGAGAAGGACAUGUUGAUUACCCGUCUGCAGAGUGCUACAGAAAACAGCAAGAAACUCUCUGAGGAAAACAGGUUACUGGAGAAUUCUCUCUCUAAUGCCAAUGAAGAACUUGAAGAACUCAAGUCAAAAUUGAAAAGCCUGGAAGACUCAUGCCACCUGCUGAAUGACGACAAGUCCAGUUUAAUUAGUGAAAGAGAAAGCUUACUCUCUGAAAUGGAUAUUAUGAGAAAAAGAAUUGAAGAUCUGGAGAAAGUACAUGCAGAGUUAAAAGUGAAAGUUCUGGAAUUAGUGACCGAGAGGGAAUCUACCCUUCAGAAAAUUGAAGAUUUAGGAGUGUCUUUAGAUGGCAAAGACCGUGAGUAUACUAAUUUUGUGGAGUUCUCCGAGAGUCGGAUGAAGGGCAUGGAAUCAGAGAUUCGUCACCUUCAAGAUGAAAAUCAAUGCCGGGAGAGAGAAUAUCAAGUGGAGCUGGAUCGAACUCAUGAUGCUCACAUUGAGAUUAUCGUUCUGCAUAAAUGUUUGGAGGAGUGGCUUGAGAAGAGUUCCUCUCUGAUUGCUGAAAAUCAGAAUAUCAAAAAGGCUUCUAAUCUGUUAGAGAAGCUAGUCUCUGAAUUAGAGGAGGAAAAUAUUGGGAAACAAGUGCAGAUUGACUCCUCGAUUAACUGCAUUAAAUUACUGAGAACGGGAAUCUACCAGGUAUUGAUGAAACUUGAAAUAAUUCCAGGUAUAGAUUCCGGUGACGAGAACUCGCGAGACCAGAAAAAUAUGCAUGAAAUUUUGGAAAGACUUGAUGACAUGCAAACUAUGCUUUUGAAGCUUCGGGAUGAAAACCAGCACUCAGCCGUUGAGAACCUUGUCCUUGUUGAAUUUCUUCGGCAACUUAAAUCAGAAGCUGCCGGUAUUGAAACAGAGAAGAAAAUUCUUGAGGAAGAACUUAAGUCUCAUUGUCAGCAGCUCUCGUUUUCGCGGGAUGAGGGGCAGAAACUUAUCUUUACGAACAGAGAAUUGAGCACAAAAGUUAAUCAAGGAUUCGACAGAGAAGAAGUCCUGAAGGUGGAAAUUAAGGACUUGCACAGGCAAUUGUUGCAAUUUCGAGAUGACUACACAAUUUUGCAGGGAGAGAAUUACAAGACUCUAGACGAGAACAGGGACUUGAAAAAUUUAACAUUGAGGUUGGAGGAGGAGAAACAUAAACUAGAAGAGGACAUCUCUUUGCUUCUUUCUGAAACUAUGUAUCAAAGCAAUCUCAUUGUUGUUUUGGAGGAUGUCGUUUUGGAAAAACUUGCAGGAGCGGUGAGACUAAACGAGGAUCUGGACAGACUCAGUUUUGUUAAGCAUAAGCUCAAGGAAGAGGUAAUGGAGGUUGGUGAUAAGUUAAAAUCUGCAGAAAUUGAGAAUUUGCAGCUUGAAGGUUUGCUAGAGAGAUCGGAUGCUGAACUGCUCUCUGUCAGAUCAGCCAAUGAUCAGUUGGAACAUGAAAUUGCUAGUGUGAAGAAUCAGUUGAGUCAAAAGGAGAACGAGCUUCUAGAAGCAAUGCUGAUGAUAUCCAUCGUGCAAAACGAAAAAUCUGAAUUAUCUAAGGCAGUGGAGGGUCUAGAAUGUAGAUACAAGGAAGCUAAAGCAGUAGAGGAAGAAAAGGAUAUGCAGGUCUUAAAACUUCGUGGAGAUUACGAUGAGCAGGUGAAGAAGAAUAGUCAUUCCAACGAAGCUAAUCUGAAAUUGGAAGCUGACUUGAUGAAUUUAUUCAUGGAACUCGAAGAAAUCAAAGUGGAGAAGGAAAAGCUAAACCAGGAGCUUUUUACAGAAAGGAAUGAGAUUGAAAAAUGGGAGUCUCAAUCUGCAACAUUGUUUGGAGAUUUGCAGAUUUCAGCUGUUCAUGAAACAUUGUUUGAAGGGUUGACCCAUGAGCUGGCUGAAGCCUGUGCGAAGCUUGAAAGCAGAAGCACGUUAAAAGACAUGGACAUUGACCAGCUUAAAGGAAGAGUGAACAAGUUAGAGGAUGCGAACAAAGAACAAAAUGAUAUUAUGUGCAAAUACGCCCAAGCUAUAUUCCUGUUGAAGGAAAGCAUAGAAUCUCUGGAAAAACAUGCCAUGCCUCACGAAUUCGAGAAUGAACCAGCCACCGACACUGCUUCAACAGUGGAUAACAACGAUAAAUUCUUAGAGUUGCAAGAAAUGCGAAUGAGAAUCAAAGCUAUUGAGGAGUCGGUAACCAAAAAGCUUGCAAUGGAAGAACUAAAGUCUUCUUCUGCCCGAAGAAGCAGAAGGAGAAAUGGAAGCCUACGGAAACAGAACCACGAAAUAGAUUUUGAGGAAAGCGAGAUGAUCACAAAAGAUAUCGUUCUUGAUCAGGUUUCUGAUUGCUCAUCAUAUGGGAUAAGUAAGAGAGACAUUUUGAAGAUAGAAGAUGAGCACAGUUUAGAGGUAAAGCAACAAAAUCCUCAGAAAGGCAAAUCGUUGUCUGAAGAGUCAUUGGUUGUGGACAAACGAGAGGUCUCUGAUAGAUUUACGGAUCCAAACAAAGAAGCAAACAAGAGGAAAGUUCUCGAGAGACUUGGUUCAGAUUUACAGAAGCUCGCAAAUCUUCAUGUUGCCGUUGAAGAUUUGAAAAGCAAAGUGGAGACAGAGGAGAAAGGCGAGAAAGGAAAAGAAAACGAGUAUGAAACAAUAAAGGGACAGAUCAAUGAUGCUGAAGAAGCAUUAGAGAAACUUUUAAGUGUCAACAGGAAGCUGGUGACGAAAGUCCAAAACGGAUUUGAGAGAUCAGAUGGAAGUAAAUCAUCAAUGGAUCUUGAUGAGAAUGAGAGUAGCAGAAGGAGGAGGAUAUCAGAACAGGCGAGAAGAGGAUCAGAGAAGAUUGGUAGGUUACAGCUGGAGAUACAGAGAUUACAGUGUCUGUUACUGAAAUUGGAAGGAGAUAGAGAGGAUCGAGCAAAAGCAAAGAUAGCGGAUAGCAAAACGAGGAUUCUUCUUCGGGAUUAUAUCUAUAGUGGAGUGAGAGGUGAGCGAAGAAAGAGAAUGAAAAAACGGUUUGCAUUUUGUGGGUGUGUGCAGCCGCCUCCAUCUCCGUGAUUAUUAGAACUGUUGUUGCAAGUAAGCUAAAUAAUAUUCAUGUGAAUGGAAUCGAAUUGAAGUUUGAUAUGGAAAGAGAAACACUUUUGCUAAUA